CUUUAACGGUAGAUGCAGGAGUUAACCAUGGAACGUUUGUAGUCUUACAUUUGUUCUGCCGACCUGUUAUUAUUGUGACACCGGCGGGAUUUUUGACUCCGAUCCGUAGAUUUUAACCUUUGGCGUCCUAAUCAAAUAAUUUUACACCAACAUCUGCUACUUAUUUUCUCUUGUUUUUUUACUUUUAUGUUUUAAUCCUGUGUCGAAAGUAAAACUAAUGUCAUGUUAGUUCACACUCACUGUCUGUUGGGGACCGUGAAACUGCGUCUUCAGAAUGAGCCGCAUUUCAGGUCCUGUGAAGCAGAAAUGCUACCUAGGACAACAUCAGAUCAAGAAGAAAAAAACAUGUGAAGACAGUCUGCAGAAAGCCUGUUACCGGUCAGACAAAGCCAACAAGGAUGAAAACACCGUUAGAGAUAACCUGCGUGUUGAAAAAGCAGCGUUGCCUUUGGGAGAAUCUACACUGGCUCUUGACGAGGAGAUUCUAAAAGUGUUGGAUGCUGAUAAUCUUGCAAAGCCUGCGGUUCAUGAUACUUAUCAAACUGCACUUAAAAGAAAUGCACAAGAGCAGCCGGAAUCAUCCUCAUCAGCCUUGGGCUCAUUAAGGUCUGUUGGACCAUUUGCACAUAAUAAGAGCAACAGUUGCAUGGUACUUUCUUCACCCACCAAUAAAGGACAACCCAGUAUCCAAGCUAAAGAGGGCAAUCCCAACAAUGACUUUAAGAGACCAGGUUGGACCACUGACUGCAAAGAUCUUGCCCAGAAACUUCUCUUUGGUGAGGAUUCAGAGGAGCUAGAGAAUGCUCGUAAGGACUCCGGAAGAAGACCCUCAACGUCUGCUCCUACAUGUAAUAAUGAAAUGCCAUGUCCAGAAAUCAAAAGCCAUCAACAAACUGGAAGAUCUACAAAGAAGCGACCUGUGUCCAAAAAACAAAACUCUCCUUUGGUGACAGAAGAGAGUGGCACAAGUAAGAAUGCUGGCUCCCCACUUGAUGCAUCACGAGACUACAUCCUAUUCAGUCCCACGCGGCUUGCAGCUGCUAUGAAGAAAGCAAAACUCCAGCAAUCACUACAGAAUGGGUCGCUAUCUGUACUAACAGUCCUCAGUGGAUUAGAGUUGAGCACUCUUAAUGACACAACACCUCAGCCAGGAAUAGCUUUGUGUGCUCCCAUGGAGCAAGGUGAAAAGCUGCUGUUGUCAAGUUGGGGUUUACCAAAGCCCAUCCUGGAGCGCUAUAAGAAACAUGGAGUGACUCAAAUGUUUGAGUGGCAGGCUCAGUGCCUCACUGUUGGAAAUGUGCUGCAGGGAGGUAACCUGGUAUACUCUGCCCCAACUAGUGCUGGAAAAACUCUAGUUUCUGAGCUGCUGCUCUUGAAGCGUGUGUUGGAGACAAAAAGAAAAGCUCUCUUUAUCUUGCCAUUCGUCUCUGUGGCCAAAGAGAAGCUGCAUUACCUUCAGAGUGUAUUUGAGGAAGCAGGAAUUCGUGUGGAGGGAUACAUAGGCAGCACUUCAGCUGCUGGGGGGUUCACUGCACUGGAUGUGGCUGUUUGCACUAUAGAAAAGGCCAAUUCAUUAAUUAACAGGCUCAUCGAAGAAGAUGGCAUGGGCUUGCUUGGUAUGGUGGUGGUGGAUGAGUUGCACAUGGUUGGUGAUUCCGGAAGAGGAUAUUUGCUUGAGCUGCUCUUGACCAAAAUCUGUUACAUUGCACAGAAGCAAAACACCACAGGAUCUCUGUCUGGAGGCGUACAGAUAAUUGGUAUGAGUGCCACUUUGCCUAACCUUUCCCUCCUGGCGACCUGGUUGGGUGCAGAGCUUUACCAGACAGACUAUAGACCCGUGCCCCUGCUGGAGCAUCUCAAAGUGGGCUGCAACUUCUACGACAAGAGCCUCUCAGUGGUCCAGCACUUUACUCCUUUACUCAACAUUAGGGGUGAUGAUGAUCAUAUUGUGAGUUUGUGCUAUGAGACAGUGAGAGAGGGUCACUCUGUACUGAUGUUCUGUCCUUCAAAAAACUGGUGUGAGAAACUUGCUGACAGUGUUGCGAGAGAAUUCUACAAUCUCAAACACACAAAACAACAGACUGGGUCUGAUAUCCAGCCUGUGUGUCUGGAUCAGGAUGGUCUAGUUGAUGUCCUUGCCCAGUUGAGUAGAACUCCUGCUGGGCUCGACCCCAUCCUCCAGCGCACUGUGCCUUGGGGGGUAGGCUUCCAUCAUGCAGGACUGACUUUUGAUGAGCGAGAUGUGUUGGAAGGAGCCUUUCGUCAGGGUAUAGUUAAAGUCCUGGUGGCCACCUCUACCCUCUCUUCAGGGGUGAAUCUUCCAGCCCGCAGGGUCAUCAUUCGAACGCCAACCUUCAAUGGACACGUGCUGGAUGCACUCACAUACAAACAGAUGGCUGGACGAGCAGGGAGAAAAGGUGUAGACACUAUAGGUGAAAGUGUGCUGCUGUGUAAAGAAACAGAGCACAAGAAAGGUAUAAGUCUUCUAAAAGGUGCUCUUCAACCAAUCAGUAGUUGUUUGAGCAGAAGGGAAGGAGAAGGUGUUACCACUAGCAUGUUGCGAGCUAUACUGGAGAUAAUUGUUGGUGGGGUUGCCAGCACUCCACAGGAUGUGAGGUUAUAUGCUUCAUGUUCUCUGCUAGCUGCCAGCAUGAAAUGUGACAGGAAUGACAAAUCAGGUGAAGAGACUAACAAAGGGGCCAUUGAAGCCUGUGUCGAAUGGCUCAUGGAGAACGAAUUUAUAACUAUCCAAAAGGAUGCACAAGAGGAGCGAUACUGUCCCACUCAGCUUGGUGCUGCCACCCUCUCGUCUUCCCUCUCUCCUCCAGAAUCUAUAGGAAUAUUUGCUGAUCUCCAGCGAGCUAUGAAGGGCUUUGUACUAGAAAAUGAUCUGCACAUUCUCUACCUGAUAACCCCCCUAUACACAGAGUGGACGACCAUAGACUGGUACCAGUUCUUUUGCCUGUGGGAACAGCUCUCUUCAUCGAUGAAGAGGGUAGCUGAGAUGGUCGGGGUCCAAGAAAGUUUUCUUGCACGAUCAGUCAAUGGAAAACUUUUCGCCAAAACAGAAAAGCAGCGUAGACAAAUGGCGAUACAUAAACGGUUUUUCACCACCCUUGUUCUCCAGGAUCUGGUCAAUGAGGUACCUCUUGGAACAGUGGCAUCAAAAUACAACUGCAGUCGUGGGCAGUUGCAGUCUCUGCAGCAGUCAGCCUCCACAUAUUCAGGUAUGGUGACAGUGUUCUGCAGGCGUCUUGGUUGGCACAACAUGGAACUUCUGUUGACUCAGUACCAAACCAGAUUGAGCUUCGGCGUCCAGAGGGAACUGGUUGACCUUGUCAGGGUUUCCCUUUUGAAUGCAACGAGAGCAAGAGCAUUAUACGCACAAGGUCUCUGUACUGUUGCUGAACUGGCAAGGGCGUCUGUGUCUGAUGUGGAGAAAGCCCUGAGGAAUGCAGUCCCAUUUAAAAGCUCCAAACGUGCGGUCGAUGAGUGUGAGAUGGAGGCAGCAGAGAGACGCAACAUCCGCUGUGUCUGGGUUUCAGGUGGACGGGCUCUGACUGAGCAGGAAGCAGCAACUGAGAUUGUGUCUGAGGCAAGGCUCCUCCUACAGGAAGACCUGGCCCGGCUGGGUGUUCAGUGGGACCCAGCAGUGCUUCAUCCCGGAGCUCCUGCAGCCAACAGUCCUGAUGACCAUCAGAGCAGUGACUCUGAAUUGUCAUCCAAUUCUCAUCUCAGUUCAAAAGGACUAAUGCCAGAAAAAAAUAACCAAGAAGUGUUCCAAAAAAGUGAAGAAACUGUCAGACCUGGGAAUGAAGCUACGGAGAAAUCAGAAAGUGAUCUGUGCAGUGAACAAAGAACGUCCAAGUCCAUAGCAAAGGAAGAAAAAGAAAAGUUGGAGGUGCAUGAAAGAAUAGACUUGACAGAACAAGAAUGCAGACAAACAGCUGAUUUGAAGCAGGAAGAAAGUAGCCUAGACACAAAAAAGGCAGAGAUGGAUGAACAGCUGCCUGUAGAAAAUAAAACAGAGAAUCAGAAACAAGAAAACCAAAUGGCUACAAGAUCAGAGGAGAUAAAGGACGAGUGUAAAAAACCACAGGAGAAAAAGGUUGAAGUCUCACCCAGAGGGUUGGGUCACAACAUCAAACACCCCAUUCCUGGAAGGAGUCUGACCCAGGAGCUGGCUGAGAUUGACUUAAGUCCUCUUCCUGAAGUGCUGCCACAGGCUCAGUUGUCACCUCCUUCUAUGCCUCCACCACGCAUCAGAACUCCAAUAUCAUGGGUUGAAAAACGACAGAGUGCUUCCUUAGGUGACAAUGGUACUACAGGCCGUGCUGCUUCACCCGUGCAGAGAAGAAAAGUCUGUUACUCAAACGUCCUUAGCAAAGUUCUGCACUCCUUACAAACUGACAAAUAUAUACAGGAAGAUGUAGAAGCAGAUCAAACAUCAACAACAACACCUGCUCACAAUUCAAGUGAAUCCACUGAGCAGGUGCAACAAACGGUUACAGCUUCUACUCCGGGAAAUGCUGGUGCGUUCAAUUCUACACAGGGCAAUACUUCGAACUCUGCUCCCUUAAUUUCUCCCGAAGCCAAGCGCAGGAGGAUGGAGGAUGGAGAGAUGGAUAAGUUCUCAUCUCCAGAGCUGUAUGCAGGAGAGAUCCCCGAUGCCCAAGUGGAGCAAAAUAUCCAAAUGAGAGAAGAGAGUUUUGGUGAUAGCUUUGAAUUAGACUCUCAGACAGAGAGGGUCAUUUUUCAACAGACGUUCCAACAUCGGAAUGGGAAUGAUGCAGAAACAGACAUGAUAGAAGACACAGAAGAGGAAAAGGAAGAAAUGGACAUCGAGGUGGUUGGUGACCGAGAAGAGGAAAAUAUCCAGAGGUUUAACAUCUCUCUUACAGACAGCCUGAAUGGACUCAUUCUGAACACUAGCCAGCAGAUUCCACCUGGUCUUGAUGAGGGUGAAAACGUGGAGGAAAUAAAAAAUGAAAGUACCUGUGAGCAAAAUGAAGAAGCUCAGGAUCAUUUUGGAUCUUUAAAUGGAAGCAGUGGCUUUCUAUUUGACAGUCUGUGUGACAGUGCCUUGCUUGCUGCUUUGAGCCCACAACAGAUCCCUCCUCAGUUUAAUGGAGAGGAACCUGCAGAGGGGGCGGGGGACAACGAAUGUUCCCCUCUUCCAUCAGCUCAGGAGCGACACCGUAGUAAGCUCCUGGCCGACCAGAUGGCGGAAAAGCUGGAGGCAAUCCAAUGGGGCGAGUCCUCCUUUAACCUCUCAGAGUGGGGCGACUCGUUGUUUGUGGGUGAGCAUUUUAUGGAGAGGCAGAGUUUGUACAGACGCCCUGAGAGAAGUCAGAAAGACACAGAAGCCAUCGGUCCACUGCCUCAGCAACACAACAGAGACCAGUUGUCAAGCUCACCUGGUCUACCUGCUGAGACAUGGCCACAGCCUGGUCUCUCUGUACCCCAAAAUAAGUGCAGUAGUACGAUAGCUAAAACACACAAUGAGUUCAUGAGACAAGGAAGAACAAAUGCUGAGGUUGAAAAUGGGAAACAAGAAGAGAAAGACAAAGAUGCAAUCGCAAAAAAGUUAUUGUCAAAUACUGACCCAGAAACUCAUGUUUUUUGCAGCCCUGGCAUGCAAGAUAUUUUUGACCAGUGGCCAAAUAUGUCUGACCAUUCCUGGCCAAACACUACAGCAGGCCACACAAACACUCACAAACAGACUGCUGUGAACUCUGUGGAUGCUCCAGAUGCACCUCUGACCUCACGACAAGUGGGCAAAGAGAGGAGAGAGCUAAAUUUACCUCCUACAGCUGCUGCUGAGACUGACUCUAACUCACCACAGGCCUCCAGACAAGACACUGAGAAGUUAGCAGAGAGACCAGGCUCUGCCGGUGAUCUUGUUCCCCCCACCCAGGAAACACCACCUGUCACACCCAGAGUAAAGCUAACUACCACUUCAGUCCAGUCACCUGUCACCACGCAGCCACUCAACCAGUCAACUCCAUCGACCCUGCCUCAACAGAAGCUAACUGUACCUACCUGUUACACAACCCAACCCCGACACAGUAACCACAUACAAACAGCCACUUUUGGACAAACAAGGACUGCGGCACACACACAAAAAAACGCACCAUCAGCACCAAAAUUAAGGACGACUCCACGCAGAGGUCCAACGACUAAACUGGACCAGAAAUGUAACAAAGUUCAACUCUCUGUGUCUCCAUCUGAUACAGAUUCAUCUGUGAUUGAUGAAGGGUUCUCUCUUCAGCUGUCUCAGGAUACGUCUCCCGGUGAAAGCUCCGUCAACUCUGGAGCCUUCACCAUUGUAGACGUUGCGAGCAACAAGCGCCUCUUUGACACUUUUAUUACAGAGUGGAAAACAAAGAAUCGGUUUUCUCUGUCUAUAGCAUGUGAAAGGGGGGAGGACAGACAUGCAUUUGGAGGAGAUAUUGGAGGGGAGCACAAGAGAGCUGAUCAGAACCUGAACCGGACUGACGGUUUCCCAGUAGGAGACAGUGAAGAACUGCUGUUGAUUGGAAUGUCUGUCUGCUGGGGAGGAAGAGAUGCCUAUUAUAUAUCUCUGCAGAAAGAGCAGAGCAGAGGUUUGAGCGCCAGUUUGGCUCCUCCUCUACUGGAUGACGAUUUGUCUGUAGGGGAAAGGCUGCGUCAGGUGAAGGCCUGUCUGAACAGGCCAUCCACUGGUCGGAGUGCAGCUGUGGUUGUUACGUAUGACAUUAUCCAGGUCUUCAAAACCUUAGUCCUUAGCUGUGACAUCAGCUUGGAGGGAAACUGUGAAGAUCCCAAGGUAGCAUGUUGGCUGCUAGACCCUAGUAGUGAGGAAAGAACUCUACACAACAUGGUGACUGUCUUCUGUCCCAGAGAACUACCUCUGCUGGACGGACUUGGAAAUGCACACGCGUACUGUCCCCGCGUUAGGGCUGCUACCACCAGUGUGCUCGUUCACACUGUCAUGAACCAUGUGACUGGUCUACUGGAAAAGGACGGGCUGCUCGACGUGUUCAGGAACAUCGAGAUGCCUUCACAGGUCUGUUUGGCUCUGUUGGAAUUGAAUGGAUUGGGCUUCAGUGUGGAAGAGUGUGAGCGGCAAAAACAUGUGAUGCAGGCUAAACUCGCAGCGCUGGAGUCCCAGGCGUACAGUCUGGCUGGACACAGCUUUUCACUCACAUGUGUUGACGACGUGGCCCAGGUGCUGUAUUUGGAACUUCACCUGCCUCCAAACGGUGAUUUGAGUGGACUAAAAAGCAAAAAGACUCUUGGCUACAGCAGGAGAGGUGGAGGCAGAGUGCGGCUUGGGAAGCAGUUCAGUACAACAAAGGAUGUUCUGGAGAAACUUAAGCCUUUGCACCCGUUGCCUGGUGUGAUUCUGGAGUGGAGGAGAAUUACAAACGCCUUAACUAAAGUGGUGUUCCCUCUGCAGAGGGAAAAGAAAUAUCAUCCUACUCUGGACAUGGACAGAAUCUACCCCAUAGCGCAGACUCACACAGCCACUGGAAGAGUCAGCUUCACUGAGCCCAACGUACAGAAUGUCCCCAAAGACUUUGAGAUUCACAUGCCUGUGAUCGUGGAUGAGAGCCCACCUUCACAGGACCGAAACAAAAUCAACAAAAAACAAGGGAAAAGACUUCCUGUUGUGUCGUCAGUUUCUGCAGACCAAGGCCCCACUUUCUCUGUCAGUAUGAGACAUGCCUUUGUUCCUUUUUCAGGUGGAAUGAUAUUAGCUGCUGAUUAUUCCCAGUUGGAGCUGAGAAUAUUGGCUCAUCUGUCUAAGGACCAACGACUCCUGCAGGUGCUGAAUGGAGGAGCAGAUGUAUUUCGUUGCAUUGCUGCUGAGUGGAAAAGUGUUGAUCCAGAGACUGUGACUGACAACCUCAGACAACAGGCCAAACAGAUUUGUUAUGGUAUAAUCUAUGGGAUGGGGGCCAAGUCUUUGGGAGAACAGAUGGGAGUGGACGAAAACGAUGCAGCCUGCUAUAUUGAGAGUUUUAAAGCCAGAUACAAAGGGAUCAACGCCUUCCUCAAAGACACAGUAAAGAAGUGUGUGAAGAACGGCUAUGUUCAGACGCUGAUGGGCCGUCGGAGAAACCUCCCCGGAAUCACCAACACUAAUCCACACAUCCAAGCACAUGCAGAGCGACAGGCAGUGAACACCACUGUCCAGGGUCCAGCAGCAGACAUUGUUAAACUGGCCACAGUGAACAUCCAGAGGCGACUGCGAAAAAUGUAUCCUGCUGCUCCGUUGUCUCACCAACACACACACUCUGCCAGUAGGCGGCGCAGAACUGGGACGUCUCACCUGAGAGGAGCCUACUUUGUCCUGCAGCUGCAUGAUGAACUUAUCUACGAAACCACAGAGGAAGACCUCAUACAGGUCGCUCAGACUGUGAAGAGGGAGAUGGAGUCAGCUGUUAAACUCUAUGUAAAGCUCAAGGCUAAAGUUAAAGUGGGACCCAGCUGGGGGAACCUGCAGGACCUGGACCUGUAACCCAGUAUGUAGCAUUUAUAAAUACUAACUUUUUAAAUCAGUAAUCAGAUCUCUAAUAUCAUGUGUGAGGAUUUGUUUUUUAAAAUGAAUAUUAUUGACAAAUGAAAUCUAACCCUAAGGCAAUGACUGCUCUACAACAUGAAGUAUUUAUUUUGUAUUUAUUAUUAAAGUCUCUGGUGUAAAAAUUACAUUUUUGUGAGAAACAUAUGAUAAACUGUAAUUUAUUUAUUUCACAACCUAAUGCGAUUGGUUGAAUUUGUCUGUAUUUCUAAUACAUUAAAAAUUGUAUUUUAAAGUGGGUGCAAGUGAUACUUCAAUUAAUAAUGAACUUUGAUGAAGAAAAGGGGGAAAAAAAGACAGCAGCUUCAGUUCUGACAACAACCUGAAAUCUCACAUUUAUUGGAUCACUGGUUGCCGCGUCCCUGUCACAGCAACGUUUAUCGUCAUCAUUCCAUCUCUUUAACACUGUUUAUAUUUACACUUAAAACACUCACUGCACAAGCACUGAUAACAUGAUGGAUAAUUUCUCUGCAAAAUGAAUUCUGCCUCCUCUGUUGACAAGCACAGACCUUGAAUUAUUUGUAGGGAUGAAAGGGGACGGGGGCUUUUUAAGUGACUUCAAUCGGAUCUCAAUAAUCUCAUGAUAAAAGAUUCUAUUCAGAGUAACAUUGGCAUUCAUGCGUUUGACACGUACAUGAGAAACAAGACAAAUACAGGUCAUGAUCACACAGUUGUUAACAAACGCAAAUAAUAACAAGGGGUCUUUAAAAAAAAAA